CUUGACCAGCGACGAGGGACGUACGCAUCUGUCUAUUAAUAAGAUACAAUAAUAAAUAGAGAAUCGUACGCGUACGUUCACUUUGAAUGAAGCUGAAACGUUUUAUUUUAUGUACUCUAUAAUUUAUAUGCUAUGUUAAUUAGGUACUUGAGAUAUUUUCCAGAUAAGUUUCCUUUUUUAUUUACUUCGUGAGUAAUUAAUGCGUGUUUGCGUAAUUAACGUUGAUUAAGCGAUAGGACAAUUAGUGUCGGCUGAGCCAAAGAUUAUUAUUAUUAUUAAUUCGUUGUCGCUUAGAAUAACUUACCGUCCUCGAAGAUGUGGCUGCAGAAAUAAAAGCACCACAGGCAAGGAUAUUAUAAAUAUGAGUUCUGCUAAAGAUGAUGAGGACUUUUGGUACAGCAGUGAGAAACGGUCCUUCUGUUUCGAAAACAAUGAGGUGGAUCAAUUGUUUGGAGUAUCUAAGACUGAUACAGAUAAAUUAUGGGCUGGUAUUUCAAACACCUCAACAUCAGAGGCAUCCUUAAAAACUACGAGCGAUUAUCAGCCACUUAAACCCAUGUUAUCUGUUAUCUCGGAGAAGACACUUUCUUGCAGUAUGUCAGUGAAGUCAUAUACAAUUUUGGCACUCGAUAAAUUACAGAAUCUCCAACCUGAACCAACAGCUGUACAACCAGACAUAACGCUUAGAAAAAUUUUACUUGGCCAGUCUUAUUCUUUGGAACCAUACAAAUCGCUUGCCAGCAAAACUGCCUUGUUAGAUGCAGCUAUAAUAAGCGGAGAUGGAAAUGCAAUUUUAGUUAUUAUAUUAUUUCUUACAAAUACUCUUAAGAGAUCUUUGGUUCAAAGAAUAUUAGCGGAAAGACCAGAUGCUGUAAAUGUUUACAUAAGAUAUCUUUCAACAAGGAUGCAAAUAAAUGAAAUGACCGAUAUCUUGACGAUGCUAGGACAAACAAUGGACGCUGCUAUGAAAACUUUACACAUUAUAAUAAAAAAUACACGCGAUCCUGACAGACUAUUACAGAAACUUCGAAAUAGUUAUAAGACACAAUUUUCAGCUUUAAAUGAUUGUAAAGAAGCUUCAUUUGUUCAAUCUUACAUACAGUUACUGGAAUGGCAAACGGUAGUAAAGAAAGUAGAUGGAAACGAAGAAAUCGAACUAAAUUCAUCUGUUCUUGACUGUCUAAGACAUGCAUGUAAAAGUCAUUGGAAUGUAGCAGAAGGGACAUUAAUGUCUCCUACAAGAUUAUCUCAGCAACACGAUAUAUCUCCUAGGCAAUAUCAGAAAGUUGCAUUAGAAGUUAGAACAUCAGCUGGUGAAUGGGAUGAUGUUGAUAAAUUACUUUUAACAAAGGGUUGGCUAAAUAGUAAAAAGUUACAAAUCCAUCUGCCUAUUGAAGAUAUAUUAAAAAUAUUGCAAAAAAGCAAGGCACCCUCCAGUGUUCUUGAAAAAUAUUUGAAAUACGUAGACAAUAUAGAGAGACGAUUGGAAUUAGCGAGAAAUAUGCAUUGUUUUAGAAUAGCAAUCGACAUACUUGUACAACAAGCAGAUCGUGCUACAUUAAUGGAAUAUAAAACAAAGUUGCAGCCACAAUCAGAGGAAUAUUUUUACGCGGAAAGCGCGUUGCGUUUACCAUCAAUUAAAUGGAAAAACUAGGAUUAAUAUUUUACUACGUUUAAAUAUUUAUUAUAUAAAAAAAAAGGACCAUAUAUCUUUGUACAGUGGAGUUUGAUUUAUGCUUUCAUAUAAUCUAUUUAAAUUGCAA